AUGGCAAAGGUGGCGAAGAGCGCCCGUGUGGCGGAGCCAGUGAAGGUGCCGGCGAAGACGAUGAAGAAGCCUCCGGUGAAAGCUCCCGCCAAGAAGACUCCCUCGACGAAAUCCGAAGCUCCUCCAGCGGCGCAGCCCCAAACUGAAGCUCCAGCGACUCCGGCAGAAGCUCCUGGAUCCGGCAAGCGAAAGAAGGCGGCGGCGAGCAACACGUACAAGCGCUACAUCCUCAAGGUUUUGCGGUCGACGACGCACCAGGAUCUCAAGAUAUCGACCACGGCCAUGGAUAUCAUGAACACGUUCAUGAACGACAUGUUUGAGAGGCUGGCGAGAGAGGCGGCGGAGCUGGUCCGGCGCAACAAGGCGGCCACGCUCUCCUCCAAGGACAUCCAGACCGCCUGCAAGCUCGCCUUGCCCGGGCAGCUGUCCCAGCAAGCCGUCGUGGAGGGCCAAAGGGCCGUGGCCAGAUUUCUCAGAGCUUCCUCCUAA